CGGGGAGCGGUGAGAAUGUAACGGUACAAGGUACGCUGCACCUUCCCUCUACAGCCGUCGUAGAGACUCAGUAAACACAAAAAAGCUGACCAACUUUCUUCAGUCACAUUGGGACACAGAGGGGUAGUGGGGGAAGGCUGUCCCCCCCACCCUAAUCAAGUCCCCAAACCAUGGACAAACAGGGGCCCAUCACUACACCAGGGAAAGCAAGUGGCCUAAAACCUCCCAGUAAAAUAGCUCGUCCAUCUGGAGUGCCAUCUAAGACAUCGCCAUCGUCUGGGGCUUCAAAGCCAGUUCCUCCUGAGAAGUCCUCCCCUGGUGUCACCUCCCCAACACAAGACGGCAGCAUAGACUUUCAGAUCGGCGACAGGGUCUGGGUGAACGGCAACAAGCCAGGCUAUGUUCAGUUUAUCGGGGGAACGCAGUUUGCUCCGGGCCAGUGGGCAGGCAUCGUCCUGGAUGAGCCCAUCGGCAAGAACGACGGGUCGGUGGCUGGCGUCCGCUACUUCCAGUGUGAGGAUGGGCGGGGCAUUUUCACACGGCCAUCCAAGCUGUCCAAAACUGAGAUACCAGAGAAGGAGGCGAACGGGGGGCAGGCGAGCCCAGCACAGGCAGCUUCAGCGACAAGCGAGGCUGCAACUACCGUCACUGCUGAGGCUACACCUCCUGCCUCUGCCUCAAACGCUCCCGUCACUGGUAUAAAAACCAGCGGCGUAAUUAACCGAAUGGUGACAUCCAGUGAGUCUGUGUCCAACCUGUCAGACCCAGAUUCUAUGAAGAAGAUCAGAAGGGAGCUGAGGCUGGGAGACCGUGUUCUGGUUGGUGGUACGAAGGCAGGAGUGGUGCGUUUUCUCGGACAAACCGACUUCGCUAAGGGAGAGUGGUGCGGCGUGGAGCUGGAUGAACCUCUGGGCAAGAAUGAUGGAGCUGUAGCUGGAGCCAGGUAUUUCCAGUGCUUGCCCAGGUAUGGCCUCUUUGCUCCCGUCCACAAAGUGACACGGAUUGGCUUCCCCUGCACCACGCCGACCAAGGCGAAGAGCUCCCGGAGGAGGUCCACUCUCAAGAGGAGUCCAAGUGCUUCGUCCAUCAGCUCCCUUAGCUCUGCCACCUCCUCCAUCAGCGGCAAACCAAGCAGGGCAGGACUGUUGACCGAAACAUCUGUGCGCUACGCUCGGAAAAUUUCAAGUACCACAGCGCUGCAGGAGGCCCUGAAGGAGAAGCAGCAGCACAUCGAACAGCUGCUGCUAGAGAGGGACCUAGAGAGGUGCGAGGUCGCCAAAGCAACCAGCCGCGCGGGAGAGGUGCAACAGGAGAUGGCCGUGCUGAGGAAAGGGCGGGAUCAGUAUGCAGUGGAGAUGGAGGCCAAGCUGGAUCAGCUUCGCUCUCUGGUGGAGGCAGCUGAUCGGGAUAAAGUGGAGCUGCUCAACCAACUAGAGGAGGAGAAGAGAAAAGUGGAGGACCUGCAGUUCCGUGUAGAGGAGGCUUGUAUCACCAAAGGAGACCUUGAGACGCAGACCAGGCUGGAGCAUGCCCACAUAAAGGAGCUUGAGCAGAGCCUGCUCUUUGAAAAGACCAAAGCUGAAAAACUCCAGAGGGAUUUAGAGGACACUAGGGUGGCCACAGUUUCUGAGCGCUCCAGGAUCAUGGAGCUGGAGAGGGAGGUGGCGGACCUCCAGCUCCGGCUGCGGGCAUCACAGCAGAAGGAGGACGCAGUGUCGCUGUCGCAGCAGCAAAUCAGUGGCCUCAAGGUCCAGGUUCAAGCUCAGGAAAAAAAGAUCAGCGAGCUGAGCGUCGACCUGGAAAGCAAACAGAAAGAGCUUCAGUCUGCUCAUCAAGAUAGAGCUUUUUUGGAGCAGCAGCUUUCCAGUCUGAGACAAAAGCUGGAGGUUGCUGAGGAGGAGAGCAGAACCGUGAUAAAAACCAUGAAAGAGCUGGAGAAUUCUAUGGAGCAGACAAAGAAGGAGAUCCAAAGCGUGAAUCAGGAAAGUCAGAGCAGAGAAACGGAUCUGAAGUCCCAACUGACAAAGACUACUGAGAAAUUGGAGAAAACGACUCUGUCACUGGAACAGCUGACUAAUGAGAAGAAAACACUUGAGUCGCAGCUCGAGCAUUUGAAACAGCAGAACUCCAAAUUCCAGGAGGAGCUCAGCCUGUCGAAGGAGCGGAGCAGCUCAGAAAGCCAGCGGAUCGGCAUCCUCUGCAAGGAAAUAGAGGAGCUGAAGCUGGCCUCCCAGAAGUCUCAGCAUCAUGACGAGAGCCAAGAGGAUCGCAACAGUCAGCACGCAGACAUGAAGAGCAGAGACGCUGUUUUAAAUCAGGACAUGAAGGGGGACGUCGAUUUUCAGAAAUCCAUGGGAGCUUUGAUCUCAGACAAAGACAAAGAAUUGGAAACUCUGAGGAACGAGAUCGCCGUACUGCGUGGAGAGAACGCCAUGGCAAAGACGCUGCAGUCGGCUGUGGAGACGUUGGAGAAGGACAAAGCUCAGCUGCAGAGUCGUGUUCACAGUCUGGAGCAAAGAUUGACGGGAACCCAGGCCUCAGACGGAGGAGACAGAGAGGCUCCCCACUCAGGGGAUGCUGUCCUGCAGCAGCUGAGGGAAGAGAAAGAGUUUGCUGAGGGGCAGAUCAACUUCCUGAACAGCGUCAUAGUGGACCUGCAGAGGAAGAACGAGGAGCUGAAGAUCAAGUUAAAGAAGCUUGCAUUGGCUGAGUUCAAUGGAAACGACGGCACAGACGGGUUUGAUGAUUCAGUACCAAAGCGUGAAAAGAAGGCGACUCCGCGUCUUUUCUGCGACAUCUGCGAUUGCUUUGACCUCCACGACACGGAGGACUGUCCCACACAGGCCCAGAGCCCCGACUCCGUACCUCACAGCAGUUACCACGGCAACCCGACUGACGUGAGGCCCUACUGCGACAUCUGCGAGGCCUUCGGGCACGCCACCGAGUCAUGUAACGAUGACCAGACCUUCUAAAGAGGUCACUCCUCUGUUACUCUCCCUCCUGAUGUAUUUCUUACACUCCAGCUAAACACAAGUUUUUCCCAUAGUGUAUUUUUAUACUGUAAUGAUGCGUCGCUGUGGUAACAACCAUCCUAACUUAACCCUUUUCUGAGAAUAGUGUUCCGAUCGCGAUGCAGGAUGCUUGUCCAAAUAUGCUUCUUUGGUGCAAUAUUGAUAUUUAUAUCAAAUUAAAUUUGCUUUCUGCACUUGUUAUUUUAUACAUAUUUAGAAGUUUAUGUUUUUAUUUUUUAUAAUAAGUAGAAGUAAUUUUUCACGUGUUGUUUUUAGGGUUGUUUUUUGGCAACAAAGUGAUGCAGCUAGAUGAAGCACAGUUAAAACCGAAGGAUCUGUACUCUAUUCUGUUUUCUAAUAAGUUCAUUAAUAAGCCCCACUGCCUUACGGAAGCGUAUUGCAUUCACCAAAGAAAAAAAAAAAAUCUCAAAGCGUAUCUAAUAAUUACAAGAUCAGUAUUUCGUAAUUAUGAGAUAAUAUGUUAUAGUUAGGAAAUAAGGAAGGACAUUCAUUUCUGAGUUAUGCUACAUAAAACGUGAACAAUGAGUGCUUUGUCGGAUUUAAUCUGCUUUUAUUUCUUUUUAGGUAUGCAACACUGGGAAAUAAUGAGUCUCCUCAAUUUGGAUGGAAUUAGUUUUAGUUUGUCAGCAUUGCGCAGUAAGUUUCUUAGAAUUUUUUGGGUGAAAAAGCUCACUCUACUCUGACUCGCUGGAAGUCGCACUGUUCCUGCAGGAGCAAUUAAACCAGCACGGGAUGCUUUAUGGCUAUAAAUGAAAGCAUCUGAAAUACAUUCAAGCUGGCUUGGUGGUGUCCUAAAUAACUAUCCAGUACCUGCUCAAAAUCCUAGAUCCUUAAGGAGUGCAGCUGAAGCUUCAGAAUCGUUCAAAAUGACUUCUCUACAGAAACCUAGGUCCCAGCUUCAUGCAGCAUGUCGAUUCAUAUGAAAACAAAAAAUCAUACAGAAUCUGUAUUAAUGGAGCUCUUAAUGGGUUUUCCCAAAUGGUCAUAUGGCUGCAUGCUUAUUCCACAAGUAGUAAUCACUGGGUUAUAGCUGGGUACUUAUUGAUGAAGUGGAAAACAGGAGAAGAACUCCAAGGCGUAUCAAGUCAGACCUCGAUACAGAGAACUGUUCAGUGAAACGGAUGCAGAUAUUUUUAAGAAAUAAUCAUGAAGACAUUUUCUGAGAGAUGCUACAUUACUGGCUCAAGUAAUCAUAACCAAAUAUAUGGAUAAGAUCUCAUAAUUAUGAGAUAAGUGGUGUGAUUUUUUUUUUUGUCUUUGGUGAAUGCAAUACGCCUCCGUACUGCCUCAUUAAAACUAAGGAUUUAUGCUGUUUUAUUAGCAUAGUCAUUGUUCCAGUUAAAAUAUAUAUGACAGAGUAUUAUGGCCAGACUAGGUGAAAAAAAAGAAUAAGAUUAUGACAUUAUUCUCAAAAUAUUACGCUAAAAAGCUCAGUUUGUAAACAUUAUAGCCUAAUAAUUUGACGAUGGGCGAAAAGGUUUCAUUUCCUUAUUUGUAAAACCAAUGAGAACAUUUAGGACAGGAUUCUCAACAUUCCUCAUUUCAAUGCAGGAGAUGACAGCGCAAGAGCUCUCAUUAAAUAAUAUUGGCUUUAACCACCUAAUAUUAUGACUUUAAACUUGUAAUGUUGCAACUUUAUUAUCAUAAAUUACGACUAUUUUCCAGUAAUAUUAUGACUUAGAAGUUUUAAUGUUACAGCUUCAAUCUUGUGAUUUUAAAAC